AUGAAUCAACUUUACUGGAAACGUCUUUGGAGUAAUUGCGGCCGGCGAGCUCCGAAGGAUGCUAGCAGUGUCAAUAAUCAUAACGAAUUCCCGCCGUACGAACGUCCGUGCUCUCCCACCUUCCAGUGUUUGAUCGUCGUUACAAUUUUCACAAUUCUUGUCGGCGGUGUCAUCGGCGUACUGGUGCGCCUGUGGCCUCGUUCGCCAAAGUUCGAAAUCAUCUCAGCUUCUGUUUCUCCGUUCGACAUGGUAGGCUCCAACUUGACGGCAACUUGGAAUAUAACUUUUGAUGUCAAGAACCCUAAUCAGGGGAGGCUUAGUUACGAAGACGUCGAGGUUUCCGUCUCCAGCGGAAACACAAACACGCUGUUAGUGUGGGCAAGCCAGAGCGGUUUUGAUCAGCCAAAGAAGUCUCAUGUGAAGUACGAAGCGAUUAUAUCGACAUGGCGUCUGCCGAUUGCGGACGAGACCGUGAGUAAUCCCUUGAUCGAAGAUCGGGUGCAUGGAGUCGCGGCGUUCAGCUUCCAGGUGCAUGCAAGGUAUAUUUACGUACCUGUGCCGCCGGUCUCAAGCACACGUCACAUCACCGUCGACUGCAACAAUGUCAAGAUUGAAGUUGGUGCCAAUAAUUCCUUCAAUGUCAUUAGGGGACGCUUCAAAAGCACAAGCCCCACCCACAUUUUGUCUUGCUCACUGGGGUAA